AUGAUUUUGUCCAUCCUCGUUGCCUUUGCGGCCCUCUCUGAGGCCCUUCCUCAAGCUGGUGGUGGUGGAGGGUCAACUAUGUUACGCUUUGGAUGCUCACAGGUCGUCAUUGACCGCAUCGAUCCCCUUGUCAACCCCGGCCUUGCGCCGUCACCACACAUGCAUCAAGUUGUAGGAGGAAACGCCUUUAAUGUCUCAAUGCCCGACACAGAUAUCAGCAACAUUGCAACUUGCACCACCUGCAGUUACGCCGACGACUUCUCGAACUACUGGACUGCCAACCUGUACUUCAAGGCCCGCAAUGGUACAUACAAGCGCGUGCCUCAGGUCCCCAAUAGAGAGCUCUUCAAUGACAAGUACACUGCGAAAACCCAGGGCGGUUUUGUUGUCUACUACGUUUCCUCCGGCAAAGGCAAGGUCACGGCUUUCAAACCUGGAUUCCGCAUGCUUGUUGGCGACGCUAUGCAGCGUACAAAGAUCGGUAGUGGAAAGAAGUCGCAGUCAUGCUUCCGUUGCUACAGCGGCCCCAACUUUGGAGGCGACAAUGCGGCCCCUUGCCAAGAUGCAAAGCUGGAUACAGAGGCUUUCCCCACAGGGCCAUGCCCUGGUGGUAUCCGGUCUAACAUCCUAUAUCCGACAUGCUGGGAUGGCAAGAACCUAGACUCUCCUGACCACAAGUCUCACGUUGCCUAUCCAUCUAACGGACCCGCGCUAUUCACCGGCAGCAGUGUUGGUGGAGCCUGCCCCUCGACUCACCCUAUUCAUAUUCCACAAAUCAUGCUAGAGAUUGUUUGGGAUACCACGAAAUUCAACAACAAGGCUGAAUGGCCUGCCGAUGGAUCUCAACCCUUCGUCCUCAGCACAGGCGACAACACUGGUUAUGGCCAACAUGGCGAUUACGUGUUUGGAUGGAAGAACGAUUCUCUCCAAAAGGCCAUGGAUGAUGCUAAAGGCUGCAUGGGCGCUUCCUGCGCGGGCUUGAAGGCACAGGCUGCUGAUGGAGGGAAUGCCUGCAAAGUGUCGGUGAAGGUUAAGGAGGAGUAUGAUGGCUGUAAGUUGCCACCUGUCCCUAUUCUGCUACUGGAUCGUUCGAGAUCUAACAACUGA